AUGCCGGCGGAGGGCGCGCCGGAGGCAGAGGCGGAGGCAGCGGCGGCCGCGGUUGAGGCGCCGGCCUGGUGGUCCACCGAGGGAUCGCCCGGAGGCGCGGAGAUCGAGGCGGAGGUCGCCGGCGCGCGGCUGUCUGCCCAGGCGUCGGAGGCGACGCCCGACCCGCGCGCGGCCUUCCACCAGCGGCUCUUUGCGCUGCUGCUGCGGUACAAGACGCUGCGCGGACACGGCUUCCACGCCGCCAUCGCGCCGGCGGUGUGGCGCGUGCUCACCUCGAGGCUUGGGGUGGGGUUCGAGGCCUUCGCCUCGCCACUCAACUGCUACCUGCCCACGUUCGGCUCCGGCUUUUCGGACGUCGACGGCGCGUUCGGGAGCAGCGGCUCCUUCUUCCGCCUCAAGCCGGCGCAGCUCGCCUCGGGCUCCUGCGCGUGCAACCCGCCCUUUGUGCACGCCAUCCUCGACGCCGCCGCCGCGCGCGUCGAGGAGCUGCUCGCCGCGGCUGCCGCCGCCGACGCCCCCCUCUCCUUCGCCUUCGUCAUGCCGGGCUGGAAGGAGACGCGCGCGCACGCCAGCCUCUCCGCCUCGCCCUUCCUGCGGAGGGCGCGGGCCGACCCGCUGCGUGCGUCGCCGUACGACACCGUCGUCUUUGUGCUGCAGACGGAGCGCGGCUCUCGCAAGUGGCCCGCGGAUGGGCGGUUCGAGGCGGAGCUGCGCGCCGCCUUUGCGGCGAGUCUCGCGCCGCGGCUGGACGCGUGGGUGGCGGCCAAGCGGUCAAAGGACUUUGCCACCGCCGACAAGAUCCGGGACGAGCUCAAGGCGGCGGGCGUGAUCGCCGACAAGGCGAGGCCGGUGCCGCGCAAGGCGAUCGAGAAGCGGGCGGCGAGCAAGGGGGCGGACGACGAGAAGCGCCCGCCGAAGCGCGGGCGGGCGGAGUGA